AUGGAUGACAUAAGCCGCCAAGAAAUGAAGCACCUUUCUGAGCGAUUGGAUGAAGUAGAAAGUGCAGUUGAAAAGCUCAAGGUUUCGGUGCACAACUUGAAUGCCAGAAUAUCAUCAAAGAAACAUCAUCAUGUGAAGUCCCAUGAUAAAUCCCGUGAUAAAUCUAAUGAGAAAGGCCCCAGUAAAGUAUCAGUGAAACCUCCAAGGCCUGUCUCGCGUCCACCUACUACCAACGGAAGCGCCCAGUUUAUGAAGUCCCUUAAAUCCAAAGUUUCCAGUGUUCACCCCAACUAUGCAAAUCUACGCACCUUUCUCAACAAGGGGCUUUAUGCUACAACAGCAAGCACACCCGAAAAGAAAAAAAAUUGCACAAAAAACCUGAAUAAAAUGGCCAGUGAGGGAAAGCAGUUUUCCUGUACUCUUAAUAUGACAGUUGAGAUCAAAGGUGAGUCCACAUGCAAAAAAUGA